CAACUAGAACACGAGAAAGCGCACGGACCAUGGGAUUCCUAGACAACAUCUUCAAGAACGACGAAAAGAAAAAAAAAGCCGGAAGCGGCAGCAGCAACAAUAACAACAGCAACAACAACCCCAUUGCGAACAUUCGCAAGAACAUCGAAAAGAUCGGCCAACCGAGAUUCAACGGGGCCGGCCAGUCGCUGGGAGGAUCCAAGCCCGGCGUGGUGAUCGACAUUUCUCUCCACGAGCCCGGCCCCCUGGGCAUCCGCGUCGAAAAGAAGAGCAACAACGAUGGGAGCGCCAUCGUCAGCCAGGUCGUUCCCGGGAGCCAGGCCGAGCGGUCCGGCCUCCAGAGGGGGGACGUCCUGUGUUUUUCGGGUUCGGGGGGGCAGAACGAGAUCCCGUACAAAAUGUUCCUGGACAUUGCCCAGAGCGAGCAGCGCCCGAUUCGUAAGUACGGUAGUUUCUGUGCGUGGUGGUGGUCGAAUGGAAUGGAACUGGAUGGGACAGGCUGGGCGGGGCGUGUGUCUUGGCUUGGCUCUGCUUGGCGUGAUUUCAAUGCAAUUCGAUCCAAAGGAGCGAUGGGGUCGUUGCCGCCUGGUGCAGGUUUCUGUAAUAUAGCACGAUGCAACGAUAAUCAUUCGUCAUGAAACAUUGAAACGAAAAGAAUCUAACACUCGCUCUUGCGCCUUCUUUUUCUUCUCGAACUAUGCCUCACUCAUGUUUCUCAACACAUGGGUUUAGACCUGGAUGCCCGGCGAUUCGAUGAAUCCAAGGGCACCCGAAAGGACCAGGGGGGAUCGGCCGAUGCAGAGGCCCGACGCAGGGCCAUGAUCGCCGCCGUAGAUGCCCGCGAGAAGAAGUACAAGUCCCAGACCAAAACCAUCAAGCACGUCACCAAGUCCACCCUUCUGAAGCAACAACAGCAGCAAGACGUGAACAAUUUUACCGAGGAACAACUGCAACCCCAGACCGAGGCCUCCCGGCAGGCCAUGGAAGCCGCAAAGCAGGGGGAAGCCAUUCUCGCCGCCGAGCUGGGAUACAAUCCCUACGAAGUGAUCAAAAAGACUGCCGGUCAGGCACGGACUGCCACGACGGCGACGCAGCACGGGGCCAUCCAGGCGCCUGCGUCGAGCGGCAGUAGCAACACAGCUACUCUUCCCGCGGUAGCACCCCCCGCAAAUCCAACUUCCGAGGCCAUCGACAGCGACGACGAACGGACGGCGGGCUACUCGGUUGAAUUCGAAGAGGCUUUGGCCGAGGUGGUUGCCUUUGGGGACAAAGAGGCGGCCAGGAACGGGCUUAAGAUCGCCCGGACGCUCGUCAAGAAUGCCACCACCAAGGGGCAGCAGGCCGAUGAAACCAAGGCGGAGAAAUUCCGCAAAGUCCGCCUGGCCAACGCCAAGAUCAAGGCGGCGAUCGUGGACGUGCCGGGCAACCUGCAGCUACUGAUGGCGGUGGGCUUUCAGUUGACGGAAGACAGCGAAACCAACGAGUCCGUGCUGGUCUUUCCGCCCUUUUGCUCCGGUCCGGUGUGGCUGCCACAGGCCCUGAGGUCGAUGGAGAAGCGCGAAAAAGCCCUGUAGCGAAUCGAGCCCGUGCCGGUUGCGGAUCAAACGCGGUGUGAGCAUCUUUGCAGGAAGUUGUUGAGGGAUUGGGUACACUCUUGCUCCGAACGACACUAGAAGAAAUACUCGUAUCGGAU